UCAUAAUUCCUCCGCUGGAUAGCAUUCCACAAUGUGUGCAGUUCGGACCUUAUUAGGACGAGCCCGAUGACGAUGCCGUCGAUCCUUAGAGACGCCAAGCAGUGUGCAGCCCAAGUUCUCGCACAAGAUAAGAACCAAACACCGCACUCGCAAUAAGCAAUGACGGUAAUAGUAUUUGGCUGAAAUUCGAUUGACCCCCGUUGAGGACAAAUCAUGUGGCCAAUUCGAGGUUUUCUCGUCCUUGGACUCCUUCUCAUCGCCGUCCAGGCUUGUCAAACGGACGAUGAAUGCAGCCUAAACGGCAUCUGCUCCCCAGACAGCUCUUGCAUUUGCGACCCAGGAUGGCGUUCUGGCGACUGCAGUGAGCUUGAUCUCCAGCCUGUCGAGCGAUGGACCGGAUACAAUCACACGAACGCGACUGGCACAGACUUCUACAAGCAGGGUGCUGGGAACUCGUCUUGGGGAGGCCACAUUAUACAAGAUCGUUCAGACAAGGGCCUCUUCCACCUCAUCACGUCACAGAUGUCCCAUGGCUGCGGUUUGGCCGGUUGGCGUCCCUUCAGCACAAUCAUCAGGGCGGAGUCCCGGACGGGACCGCAGGGCCCCUACAACUAUGCACAAACACUGUUCAGCACUUUCCACCAUAAUCCAACGACGAUCUGGAGCCCAGCAGACCAAAAAUUUUUGAUUUACUUCAUCGGCAAGGAUGUUGAGGUCGGCGACGUGUGUCGCUCGCAGAAGUGGAACAACACGAUAUCGGUGAUCAACGUUACAAACCCCGCACCCUGGCCGUUGUGGUCACUCGAGAACCCGACACACGAGAUUCUCCUCGCGGUCGAAAAGAACAACAUCUACCACGCAGACAACUUUUCCGCCCCGCAUAAUCUCGUCGUGGAACCGCGCAACACUGAGCGCAGCGAGGACCCGUUCCUGUGGAGGGACAAGCGAGGACAUUGGCACAUUCUCGUCCACCACAUGAUUGACAUCGCCGAGGGCAGAAAGGGACCGCGAGUCGGUGCACAUGCGUACGCUCGAGAGUGGAAGGGUCCUUGGACGUACAACAACAACACUCUGGCUUACAACACGACUGUUGAGUUCACGGACGGAGUCAAGCUGGACUACUAUCGUCGGGAGAGGCCGAAGUUGUAUUUCAGCGAUGACGGACAGAUGACCCCCCUGUAUUUGCUGAAUGGCGUCCAAGAGUUCAACAAGUCAGGUAGUUACACCCUGAUCCAGCCUAUUGGGAAGAAGUCAAAGGGAUGCGAAAAGGGGCUUGUUGGCUAAAGGUCUCGUCCGUCAGCUCUUCGAUCACACACAAAGCUGCAUGCUCUCGCUAGAUCAGUAUUGCUCUUUGUGAUUAUUCAUCCAGAGACGGACUUUUCAACAUGUCCGUUCCAUUAAUCCAAGCAAUCUUGGCCGAACUUGAAUGUCCGACGAAAUAAAAUAAGCAAAAAAAGAU